UGGACGGCCUUGCUGUCAGGAGGCUGACGUGAGGACGUGGAGCGAGGUGUGGGUGCUGUCCGGCUUUUCCUGCUGAGGUUUCUCAGGACCCCAGGCGCCUGGAGCCUUUGACCACUGCGGCCCUGCCUCUUCCGGGAGGUCUGGGGCUUCGACUGCUGGCACCGCGCCCUGCAAGUCCAAGGACACUGCUCUCAGAAGAUAAGAGCCUCUUUCUCAAGAUCAGUAAAGGUGAGGGGAGGGAUACCUGUGCAGGGAUCCUCGGGAGGGCAGAGCCGCACACCUGGACCUGAGGAGCUUGCUUCCUGGGAAGGCUCCCAUCUGAUGUGCAGGAGGCAGAACGUCAGACUGACUCUCCAAGGGGAGCCUGCAGGGCACCGAGACCAGCGCGCAGUAUCUCGCCCUCGACUACAAGGGCCCCUGUGCCGUCCUCUCUCUGCAAGUGAGAAGUUCGAGACUGUCCUACAAGAGGCAGCUUCCAGGGGCUUAAAGACGCAAAGGUUUGCACCUCAGGAGCCCCUUGGAAUGUUGACAACUCAGGACCUGAAAGACAGUUCUGUGUUACUGAGUUCCAGCAUUCACAUGGGAGUAAAUGUCACUGUAUAACCAGCCACACUGAGUGAGGAACACUAUGCAGGAAGAAGCCUUCCGUAGAAAGACAGGCAGGGAGAAGCUUAGGCCGACCUGCGCCCUCCCCAGCAGAGCCAGCCUGAGAGAAGCUGCCGUGAUGGCCAAAUGAAGGCGGGGCCGCCCAGCCCUGAGCUGUAGUCGAGCCCCCUCGGAGUCCCGAUACCAAAUAGGAAACAUGAUCUACAAGUGCCCCAUGUGCAGGGAGUUUUUCUCUGAGAGAGCAGAUCUAUUCAUGCACCAGAAAGUCCACACUGCCGAGAAGCCCCACAAGUGUGACAAGUGUGACAAGGGCUUCUUUCACAUAUCAGAGCUGCACAUUCACUGGAGAGACCACACAGGAGAGAAGGUCUAUAAGUGUGAUGAUUGCGGUAAGGAUUUUAGUACCACAACCAAACUCAACAGACACAAGAAAAUCCACACAGUAGAGAAACCCUAUAAAUGUUAUGAGUGUGGCAAAGCCUUCAAUUGGAGCUCACACCUUCAGAUUCACAUGAGAGUCCAUACAGGUGAGAAGCCCUAUGUCUGUAGUGAGUGCGGGAGGGGCUUCAGCAAUAGUUCCAACCUGUGCAUGCACCAGAGGGUCCACACCGGAGAGAAGCCCUUCAAGUGUGAAGAGUGCGGGAAGGCCUUCAGGCACACUUCCAGCCUCUGCAUGCACCAGAGGGUCCACACGGGAGAGAAGCCCUACAAGUGUUAUGAGUGUGGGAAGGCCUUCAGCCAGAGCUCGAGCCUCUGCAUCCACCAGAGAGUGCACACUGGGGAGAAGCCCUACAGGUGUUGUGGGUGUGGGAAGGCCUUCAGCCAGAGCUCCAGCCUCUGCAUCCACCAGAGAGUGCACACUGGGGAGAAGCCUUUUAAAUGCGACGAGUGUGGGAAGGCCUUCAGCCAGAGCACCAGCCUCUGCAUUCACCAGAGAGUGCACACAAAGGAAAGAAACCAUCUCAAAAUAUCAGUUAUAUAAAGCAUUUUGCUAAUAGUGAAAAAUCUUAAAACCCAUAAGUGCCACUAGGAAGGAAACCCUAUAAAUACCUGCAUUGACCCAAGAAAUUUUUACAGGAAGCCCCAGCAGAACAUUCUUUCUGAAGAGGCGUGCGGGAGGCUGAGUGUUUUCAUCCACGCCAAGGGUGCUCCACACCUUGACUUUGAGUCGAAUCCCUCCAGGUGUCUGCCCAAGAUGGGAUUUGAGGGCCCAUGUUUCCCCAUCUAUGAAAACGGGGGUGUGCAUUCCUGGGGCCCCGGCACGAUGCCUCGGUAGUUGCAUAUGACACAGGGAACCCUGGCCAACGCCCAGCCUCCCAGUCACCCUCUGGACGCUUCCCCAGCUGUAGCUGCCCAGCUGCUUCUUCGGGAGCUCAGCCCCUUCUCUUGAUUCAGGCAUAUCGGUUAAUCAGGCAUUUGGAACGGACAGCUCCCACCACGACAGCGCUCUGGUAUUUCUGAGGUUCCACUCGAUUCAGCCCCUGCCUACCUUUCCAUAGACCCCAUUAUUUCUGAACCCACUGCCUGUAUGUCCUCAGAAUACUCAUAAAUACCCACCCUUCCUAGAUGGCGUUAAAUUUCAUUUUAGGUUUUAGGUGACUCGGAAGUCCCACCAGUUGAUGAGGAAUCGCUGGCAGACACGUGCCCUCGAGCUGUUCUUUUAAUUUUGUGGAUUCUUCUAAUCACUGCGUUUCUGUUAGACUUACUCUUCUAGUGGCCGCAUCACAUGUUUUUCACUUGAAUUUUUGGCAGUAGCUGAAUGUAAAUAGCAGGAGGGAGAAGCACAGUUAGAACUUUCCUGCGUCCGAAGGCCCCCGGGCUCCUGUCACAGCGCCCCACCCUGCAGGCAGCCAGGAGGUGGCGGAGUCACUGGUGGUCUCUGGGGCGUGGCAGUUACGAGAGGCGUCCUCGCGGCCCUUCCGUGAGGGUUCCAUGUCAGUUCCUUUCUAGGCACGGUGUCCGUGCUGAUUGUCCUUCCCUUCAUUCAUCAAGUGUUGAUUGGACACCUCCCACGUCCGGGAAUACCACUGAGUGACAGACAGGGCCCCACUCACGGAGUUCACUCCUGGUGAAGGAGACAGGCGACAAGCAAGUAAACAAAUAACGUAGUUUGAGAUAGUGAUUAAGUGCUAUGAAGAAAAUAAACUAGGGUGAUGAGUUA